AUGGUCAACCGAAACACUUCAUCACCACCACCUUGCCUCAACAACUUCAAUAACUUUACCUUCAACAAUCACAACAACAAUAACAACAACAACAACAACAACAACAACAACAACCGACAAUCAAUUUCAGGACAUCGCUCUCAUCAUAGGCUCAGCAUUAACAGAACUACCUCAUUCAAAUCGGAUCAAAACUUUAUUCGUAGACUCUUUGACCGCUUACAAUAUGCUAUCGAACCUCACCUCAACUUUUAUCGCGCUCAUCUGUUGGCAUUCAUCUUCUUGCCAUUGCUCUUCGGUAUCAUCAUCCUCUUGGCCAACAGACUUAAUCCACCUGACUCUUCAACACUGCAACCGGCUCGAUUUAUCGAUUGUGUUUUCAUGUCUUAUAGCGCCAUGACAAUGACUGGGCUCAAUACCAUCCCUUUAGCCUCGAUAAAUCGAUUUCAACAAGUCAUUCUUUAUAUCCUCAUGACCAUCGGCUCUACUACCUCCGUCUCAAUCAUGAUGAUCUUCAUUCGCUUACGAUACUUUAAACUUAGAUUUCGACAUAUCCUCUCUACUCGACAACCCUCGAGACCAUUCAUCAGUUCUCCUGUCGAUGCUCACCCACUCGGCAACAUCUGCCCGCCUCGACCCAAAGAAGCUGUCUCUCCACGGACCCUCAAUACCGAUAUCCACGGCACUCCUCAAGAAUUCUUUGAAUCAAAGCAUAUUGAACCUGAACAAUCGCCAUCAAACCUCAAUGUUCUUCUUCCUAAACCGGUUGCUCCUGUGAUCAGUGAUCUUGAACCUAACACGACAUCCAUCGCUCGAAUCCCGCUUCGUAGGAAUAGUGAUACUGUACUACGGCAGGUUUCGUUUUCACCUGCUCGUGGUCGGCUACAUUCCACACCCAAGAAAUUAUCAGCAUUUCCGCGUUCGGUUACAUUAGGUGACGAGCCCAAAUCGGUCUUGCGUAACCCCCAAUGGAGAUUCCCAGCUGUAGCACAAUCCCCAAUACUGGAAGCAACUGCGAUGCCAGUGCAGGUUGAGUUUCUUAUCGAUGAAGAGCAACAUCUUCAUCAACAAGAGGGCGCGGUCCGCGCUGGGUCAUUAGCAAAUGACGGCCCACGAUACCGUCGACCUCGUCCGCGACUCGGAUCGAAAAUUGAACGAGACUCCCUUCACAAUCGUUACACAAAAACAGUCUCGACUGGUGCACAUCAUGGACGAACACCAUCAUAUGCCAGUAACGCUUUUUCUGGAAAUGUGCCUACCACACCUAUCAGAAGAAAACCAAGUUUAGCAUCACAACAAGAUUUUGGUGGAUUUCCAAAUCCAUUUCAAAUUUUGAUUUCUAGAUUAUUUUCAUGGAUUCGUAAAUGUUUACGUCAGAAAUCAUCGGAAAAUAACUCAAACAAAUUACAAUUUGUCAGAACUACUAGUUUAGCUAUCAAUCAUCCCGGUGUACAAGAUGAAAAGAAUCAUUGGUGGUUGAGUGAUGUAUUUGAUUCUAUAAAGAAAGUCAAAGUGGUCUCUUAUAUCAAUUUCAACGCAAUUGUGGGUCGAAAUUCGAAUUUUUUGACUCUUACGUCAGCACAAGAAGAAGAAUUAGGAGGUGUGGAAUAUAGAGCAUUAUCAAUCUUACUCAAAAUCUUGAUUGGUUAUUGGAUUUUGGUUCAAUUUGGUGCUAUUAUUAUUAUCUUACCUUGGCUUGAAACCAAUGAUCGUUAUAAACCAAUCUUUGAAGCGCCUGAUGGGACUUCCAUUGCUUGGUACGCGAUCUGGAUCACGUGUUCUAGUUUUACCAAUGGGGGAAUGAGUCUGAUUGAUGCAGGUUUUACAGUUUUUCAAGAUGCAUACCUUUUAAUCUUCGUCUGUUCAUUCUUAAUCCUAGCUGGGAACACAGCUUUUCCAAUCUUUCUGAGAUUUAGUAUCUGGUUCUUAUCUAAGAUUGCUCCUAGUCGUCCAAGUAAUUCCGCAGGUAGCUGUACAAAAGAAGUUUUAGGGUUCUUAUUAGAUCAUCCAAGAAGAUGCUUUGUUUAUUUGUUUCCGGCUCGUCAGAAUUGGUAUCUGUUAGGUUCAAUUGUUGUACUUAAUAUCAUUAGUUGGGUAGCUUUCUUAGUGCUCAAUAUCGGAAACCCUGAAAUUGAGAAAAUCCCACCCGGAACCAGGCUUCUCGCUGGCUUAUUACAAUCUCUAUCAGUUCGCGCGGCUGGGUUCUCAGUGGUAUCGAUCGCAGCCCUAGCCCCAGCUGUACAAGUUCUAUACAUCAUCAUGAUGUAUAUCGCGGUCUACCCGAUCGCAAUGUCAAUCAGAUCUACCAAUGUAUAUGAAGAAAGAUCUUUAGGAAUUUUUGAACAACCUGGGGGUGGUGCUGUUGGAGAAAGAAGGGGUUCAAAUGAAACUAUUCAAUCUCAACAUCGUAAUUGGUGGGAAGGAUCCAGAAGUUAUUUAUCUUUUCAUGCUCGUCAACAAUUAGCUUUUGAUAUUUGGUGGUUGUUUUUAGCUCUUUGGAUUAUAUGUAUUGUUGAACGUCAUCAGAUUAUUGGUGAUCGAAAUCCUUGGUUUAACGUUUUUAGUAUCUUAUUCGAGCUCGUUAGCGCGUAUGGGACUAUCGGCUUGAGUCUUGGGGUUCCUUUUUCAUCUACUUCUCUAUGUGGGCAAUUUUCUAGAUUAAGCAAAUUGGUUGUGAUCUUGGUGAUGAUCCGAGGUAGGCACCGGGGUUUGCCCAUCGCAAUAGAUCGUGCGGUUUUACUUCCAGUUGAUUAUAACAAUCAAGAUGAAUAUCAAGAUGAAAAUCGAGAAGAGAUUGGAGAUGAAAAUGAAGAAGAAGAAGAAGAAGGUCAAAGAAAUGUUUGA